GCAGGGAAGUGAUAAAACUAUCAAUGCAUUAGCAGUCAAAUGUAGAUGGUCAAUUUCAUUACCUCUCAGCAUACACAAACAAAUAUGUAGACUACUCGAUUUAACAAACAAACAAAAAAUUACCAUUACAACAUUUACAGCUAAAGAAGACCACUGUACAGAUAUAAUAAUACUAGUUCAUUUAUACUCUUUAUACAGUAUAAUGUUGUAUAAUUUAAUGUAUUAUUAUUUUUUUGGUAAAAUGUUAAGAAUUAAUGUAUUAUUUAUACUAGUGAAGAGGAGAAAAAGAAUGCACUAGUAGCUUAAAAGUCUCUAAAAUCACAAGAAAAAGGAAAAAGAAAAAAGAGGAAUAAAAUGAGAAUGUCGACAUAUUUAGCUAAGUAUAGACAAAGUUUGAGAGAGGAUUUGGAUCGCGUCAGUCUCUCAUCAGUGUAGAGCUGACACGGAGCAGCCUGUUCUUGCUGACAAUGUCGACACUCUUUCUCCAACAUUCUUCCUUCUUUUCGGUUAUAAUAAAGGUUUAGCUUUCUGCGCAUUGAUCCCGAGAAAGAAGAAGAAUAUACUCUCUCUUUGUUCCCCAUGAUCAUCGUCGAUAUUCUUUGGAAAUCGUUUCCUCUGUACUUGUUCAGUGGAUCAGGAACAGAUCCUCUCUCAGAGUCCAUUUUGCAGAUGAUGGCGUCUCCCAAAAUCCUCUGUGACGCCGGCGAAUCUGACCUCUGCAGAGACGACUCAGCUGCGUUUGUACUCAAAUUCGUCGCCAUUGCAUCCAUCUUCCUAUCUGGAGCAGCAGGUGUAGCCAUACCUCUCGUUGGCAAGAACCGCCGCUUCCUCCAAACGGAAGGGAACCUCUUUGUAUCUGCUAAGGCCUUUGCAGCUGGUGUCAUACUAGCAACUGGCUUUGUCCACAUGCUUGCUGGCGGCACUGAGGCUCUGACCAAUGCUUGUUUGCCGGAGUUCCCUUGGUCUAAGUUUCCGUUUCCUGGGUUCUUUGCUAUGGUGGCUGCUUUGAUCACUCUACUUGUGGAUUUCAUGGGGACUCAGUAUUAUGAGAGGAGGCAAGAGAGGAGUGAUAAUGCUGCUGCUCCUAGUGAAGCUUCUGCUGUUGUUGGUGUUGAGUCUGGUCGUGAAGAGGCGUCUGUUGUUGUUCCUGUGGUUGUUGAAAGAGUGAGUGAUGGUAAUAAUAAAGUUUUUGGUGAAGAGGAAGGUGGUGGGAUGCAUAUUGUUGGCAUUCGUGCUCAUGCUGCUCACCAUAGACAUAGUCACUCUAAUGGCCUUGGUACAUGCGAUGGACAUGCACACGGACAUGGACACGCGCACGGACAUCAAGAUGUCGGAAAUGGAGCUAGGCAUGUUGUUGUUUCACAGAUAUUGGAGCUUGGGAUUGUAUCGCACUCAAUCAUCAUCGGUCUAUCCCUCGGAGUAUCUCAGUCUCCAUGCACGAUCAGGCCUCUAAUAGCAGCUCUAUCGUUUCACCAGUUCUUUGAAGGGUUUGCUCUCGGAGGAUGCAUCUCUCAAGCACAGUUUAAGAACAAAUCAGCGACCGUAAUGGCUUGCUUCUUCGCACUAACGACACCUGUAGGGAUCGGGAUCGGAACCGCGGUGGCCUCUUCUUUCAACUCGCAUAGCCCUGGAGCUCUGAUCACCGAGGGGAUACUGGACUCGCUCUCGGCUGGGAUACUGGUGUACAUGGCUCUGGUGGACCUGAUCGCAGCUGAUUUUCUAAGCAAGAGGAUGAGCUGUAAUAUGAGGCUUCAAGUUGUGUCUUAUGUAAUGUUGUUCCUUGGAGCUGGACUUAUGUCCGCGCUUGCCAUUUGGGCGUAGCUCUUGUAGAUUGCAUGCUAUUGAUCUUCCGUAGAAACAAAUAAGUUACGUCCUCGCAAGUUCUUCUCUGUGAUUCAUAUAAUAUAAUGUUUUAGACAUGACUUAUACAUCAAGCUUUGUCCCA